AUGAUAUCCGAUCACCAGAAACACGAGGGAAGAAUGGAUGGCCACGAUGUUCCUCAGAAUAUGCCAGACUUAGAGAAACUUGGAAAAGAACGACCAUCAACAUUUUCAAGUCUAUGGUCUGAAAUUGCAUUCUGUUUCUCGGUGGUGAUGUCUCAAAUACUCGGCGAAUUUUUCAUCACUGGAUCCAAUGUCAUCACGCCCACAUUGGUGGUGGAGUUGGACAUCCCCGAAGCAUCAACGAUAUGGCCCGCAACCGCCCUCUCUCUAGCUGUUACCGCGACACUUCUCAUUUUCGGUCGCUUGACAGAUAUGUACGGCGGAUACGCAGUUUAUAAUAUAGGAUUGAUGGCCUUGACUAUUUCCUCCAUAUUAGUUGGGAUAUCUCAAUCCUGGUUGAUGUUGGUUAUUUUUCGCGCAUUCCAAGGUCUGGCCCUCGCAGCCUGUCUGCCAUCGGGCAUGAUGUUACUUGGAAGUGUCUAUCGUCCCGGACCAAGAAAGAAUUUAGUCUUCAGUAUUUAUGGAGGCUGUGCUGUUCUGGGAUUCUUUUCGGGAUUCUUCUUCGCUGGCGUGUGCAGUGAGUUCACGACGUGGAGAUGGUACUUUUUUAUUGGUGCCAUUCUCUCAGCUAUCACCUUGUUCUCAUCAUUGUUCUCGAUUCCUCGACACAAUCUUGAAGAACCACGAAAGCCUGUUCGGAUGGACUGGGCAGGUUGUUGUUUGUCCAUUCCUGCAAUUUCACUCGUCGUGUUUGCCAUCGCGGACAGCCCUCAUGCACCACAAGGUUGGAAGACACCGUACAUUCUUGUACUCUUCAUCGUGGGGUGUUUACUAUUAGGCUUGCUGGUCUGGGUAGAAGGAUGGAUGGUGAAAAAUCCUCUUCUUCCUGGUGACAUAUUUCAUGUCCAUUCGAUGGUACCCUUGAUCAUAGCGUUGCUAUAUCUUAUGUCUGAAAUUAUGGGUGCAUCCCCUCUUCAAAUCGUGGCCUGGUCAACCCCAAUGGCGGUAGGUGGUUUUAUUCUUUCAAUAACCGGUGGUCUGAUCCUCCACAAAGUAUCAGGGACUAUUUUGAUGAUAGUCUCCUGUCUCGGAUAUGUGGGAUCUGGAUUAUUGCUCGCAACAAUUCCAUUAGGUGGAAAUUACUGGGCAUUUAUCUUUCCCGCCAUGAUCUGCGGGACGAUCGGCAUUGAUAUCAGCUUUAACUUGGCCAAUGUCUUCAUCACAACAAAGCUGCACCAAUCAAGACAGGGGUUAUCUGGUGCCAUUAUAUAUUGCACGAUGCAUAUGGGAAUUGCUGUGAUGCUUGGGUUUGCGGAUAUAGUACAGACACAGACUUGUCAUCUCGGUCGCCAGGAAAGCUACAAGGCUGUCUUCUGGUUUGAAUCUGGACUAGCGAUUCUUGGGUUGAUCUUGGGUUUACUAUUUGUUCGAAUUGAUCAGGCUGAGAGUGAGCUGACGGAAGAUGAAAAGAUGCAGUUUCAAUCUUCAGGAAGAGAACACAUCGCGACCGGUUUGGAUGUAUGA